AUGGAGGACCUCGGUCCCGCUGAGCUUGAGGAUUUAUUAGCCUAUCGCGACUAUCUAGAGCAAUACUAUGUGAACGGAAUUGAAGAACAAUGCUUGUCUCAAAUCGUGCUGGGAGCUUUCAAUUCGCUCAAGCCAAUUUUGCUCGCGACCGUCGGCACCAAGAUUGUUAUGAAAAUGAAACUGCCAAAAUGGUUGACAGUAUUACUCCAUAUGAUGCUGUGUCUGUGCCAACUCUCAACAUUCACAAAAGGUGCAAUUGUCUGGUAUUUUCUCGUCAAUUUGAUGUCGUUUAUUCCGAUGUAUCUGAUUUCAAUAAGGAAACUUGGCGGCACAAAAGCUCUCGUAUUCUCGCUAGCUUUUAUUCUAAUUGCACAAUUUUGGUUGAGCCCAGCCGAAUUCAUGUCGGUUCGCGGAGUGCUUAUGCUUCAAGCAAUGAAAGUUAUCACGGUCGCUUAUGAGGAACAAGAUUUGCGGCGUCGGAACACCGUUUUCGAGAACUUGGAUUACCUAUUCUUCCCACCGACCCUUCUUUUUGGACCGUAUAUGACAUUGGAGGAUUUCAAGAAGAUGAAAAACAAAGUGGAAUCAACCAAACUCCGUGAAUAUCUCACGUACCUAUUUGCUCUAAUCAUCAUAUUCAUCGGAUCGUUUGCUCUCGUUUUCUCGACCUGUUUUGCCGACGAAAUCCCGAUAUACUACGGUAUUGUUGAUUCAUGGCUCGUUGCUCUUUCCUUUAGAGCUAGCCAUUACUUUGUCUCCGCUGUGGCUCAAGGAAUCGCCAUUUUCUUUGGUAUUGAUGUUAUUUCGACAAACAUUCUCAAAAUCGAGUUUCCGCGGUCAAUUGCAUCGUUGGUUAUUGCAUGGAGUCCGCCAAUGCAUAAGUUUUUACAUACUUACGUUUUCAAAAAGAGCCCAUUCCGUCAGCCAUUCAGAAAAAUAAUGUACACAUUUCUGAUAAGCUCGCUGCUUCAUGGUGUUGACACGCAAAUCGCAUUUACACUGUUCGCUCUCGGAUUUAUUGGAUACUGCGAAUCGGAGCUUCGCCGCAAAAUUGCUCAGCGCUACUCGAUGUGUGUGAAAUCAAAGGAAUGCGAUGAUAAAUGCAAGCAUAGGCAUAAAUAUGAUGAUCUUUUGGUUCUUCUCAUCAACGCAUUUUUCGGAGUUCUCACCAUGUACCAUCUCGUCUUUACCGGAAUGUCGUUUGUGGAUGAAUAUGCUCAAAUAGGAUACCCAUUUCUCCAUAUUAUUUAUACCUGGCGUGAUCAUUACUACGCCAGCUUCAUCAUUUCAAUCAUCUCAUUUGCUAUCUCCAGAUAUAUUUGA